AUGGAGAGCGGCCCGGGCGGGCGGCCUGGGACGCAGGCCCCGCCGAGUUCCAACGCGGGGCAGGCCGACCCCAAACACGAGGACCCGGAAGGCCGACCAUCCAGCGGCCCGACAGAGCGCCUGACGGCCACACAGAUCAAGGAGUACAAGGGUGUCUUUGAGAUGUUCGAUAAGGAGGGCAAUGGGGACACGCAGACAGGUGACCUGGGGCUCACGAGCCUGCUGGGCAUCAACCCCACCAAGAACGAGCUGGCCUCCAUGGGCAAGGAUGUGGACAGAGACAACAAAGGUUUCUUUAACUGCGACAGCUUCCCGGCUGUGACGCGGAUUUACUGAGAGAAGGCCCAGACCCAGGAGAACGAGCUGAGGGCAGCCUUUCGCGCCUUUGACAAGGAGGGCAAGGGCUACAUCGACUGGGACAUGCUCAAGUAUGUGCUCGUGAAUGCGGGUGAGCCCCUCAACAAGAUGGAGGCCGAGCAGAUGAUGAAAGAGGCUGACACGGACGGGGGUGGGACUAUCAAGUAUGAGAAGUUCAUGGCCAUGAUGACCGGAAAGUCCUUCAAGCUGGUUCAGUAG